AUGAAAGAUGUCGCCAUCAAAACUGGAUAUUUAGCUAAACUCUCGGGCGCACCGGCCAGCGUGCUAUCUCUCCCGGGCAAGUCCCGCGAUGCGUCGGCGCAGGCACUCAUCUGCGUUUCGCUGAGCGCGGUGGCUCGGAGAAAAGGAGAUGGCUGUGAUGACAAUGAAGUAGAUAACUGUGUUGACAAUGAUUGCCACAUCGAUGAUGACAGCGAAGGUAACGGCGAUGAUGAUGCUUGUGAUGACGACGUCGGUUGUGAUAUUGAUGACGACAAUGAUGAAGAUGAUGAUGACGAUGAUGACGAUGAUGAUUGCGAUGAUGAUGAUUGUGAUGAUGACAAUGCUGAUGAUGAUUGUGAUGAUGACGAUUGUGAUAAUGACGUUGAAUGUGAUGACGAUGACGGUAGAGAUGACACGGCUACUGAUGAUGGUGAUGAUGAUUGUAAUGAUGGCGAUAAUUGUGAUAAUGACGGUGAUGAUGACGGCAAGGGUGACGAUUGCGCAGAUGACGAUGGUUGUGCAUCUUUCACCGACGACGAUGCCGAUGAUGGUCCUAGUAAACUUCUCACCCUAUUUUAA